GUUCACUAUUGGUUAGACACGUGUUUGGGGCGUUUCACUGGGACUGCCCGGUUGUGUCCGGGUAAGAUGGCGUUGGAAGAGCAGUGCUCGGCACCACCUCGAUGGCGGUCCAUAUCUCUGACACACGUAGAGUUCCCCGAGGGUGAUCUAACGGGACGAGUGCUGGCCUACAUCAGUCUCCUCCCUAUAGCAAUCCUUGUGGGAUUUGUCACACUCAUAGUGUUUAAACGGGAGCUACACACGAUUUCCUUCUUUGGUGGGCUCAUCCUGAAUGAAGGGGUGAACUGGCUGCUGAAGCACAUUCUCAGAGAGCCGCGCCCAUGUGCAGGGGCUCACACAACACUGCACACAGAGUAUGGGAUGCCCUCAAGCCAUUCCCAACUUAUCUGGUUCUUUGUUGUUUACUUCUUUCUUUUCCUUUAUUUAAGAAUGCAUCAAACGAACAAUGCUCGAUGUGUGGACCUGCUGUGGAGACACAUACUGUCCAUCAUCCUGUUGGGCAUAGCCUUAUCAGUCUCAUACAGCAGGGUCUACUUGUUGUAUCACACCUGGAGCCAGGUUUUCUAUGGUGGAGUGGCCGGUAGUACAAUUGGCAUAAUCUGGUUCUUUUUCACACAAGAGGUGCUGACACCAUUAUUCCCCAAAAUAGCAGCGUGGCCAAUAUCAGAGUACUUCCUGGUGCGAGACACAAGCCUGAUCCCCAACAUCUUAUGGUUUGAGUAUACAGUGACCAGAUCAGAGGCAAGGAACAGACAACGAAAGCUUGGAACAAAACUUCAGUGAUCUACACAGUUCUUUGUGAAACUUUAGAGACACAGACACUCAUGUACACAUACACAAUCAAACAAAUGCUUAUUCGACAAAAACACACUGGAGAACCAUCUUUUGGACAGACGUGGUUGCAAGGAGUAAAGGGCAAAAAAACGUUUACAGGCGGCGAAAGAGUGCCUGGACCUGGCCCGGAGCCUACAGCCUGAGCAAGUCCGUCCACACGCCUCUCCUCCUUGUACAGCUUGCCCCAAAUGCUCUUCAGUGCAUGCAAGACUGUCCAAGAGGCAUCCUAUUUAAUGAUAGAUUAAUAUAUAUAUGUAUACCGUUACUGUCAGUGUGCGUUUAUAGUUUUUAUAUAUAUAAAAACUAUAAACGCACACUGACAGUAACGGUGUACUGUAAGAGAUUCGAGGAGCCUAAAAGGAGGCUUUGGUCAAGUUUCAAACAAAUUGGUGGGUGUCAUUGCAGCAUGUAUUAGUGAUUCCUUUUUUAAACUAUUCUGAUGUAUAGCUGGUGGGAACAGGUGGGGAGGGGGUUGGUUAUGGCUAGGUUUUCCAUUUUUCAUUGUUAUAUAAUAGAAAAUGAACAAUUUCUAAAAAAAAACUGGUUAUGAUGUAAUAUAAAUAAAAAUUUGCACUUUGUGAAAUUUACAAGUAAAAAAAAACGACUAACACUAGUUAAAUGUUAAGACCCCCCUUUUCCCCUCAUCAGUCUUUACUUUCUAUCUAUGACUGUAGGUCCUACUAUAUUAGACUCCAAAGCUGAUCUGCAACCAGUGUAAAUUUAACGUACCUUCUGUACUAUUACAUUGAGGCUAUGGUUUCUGUUCAUAUCCACGUUGGAGAAUUAUGAGACUGAAUCAGCGGCAGGCUUCAGUUAUUUUUGUUGUCAAACACUUUGAGGUAGUGUUUUCUUACUGCCUCACACAGUAGCAGCCUGGGAGCAGAAUUCUGGGAAUCAGUUUUUCUUUUUUUAUUCAUGUGUUGUUUUCUGCUGUUACAGAAAACCGGUUUCUUUUUACCUGCAUUUCCACGAUAACAUUCCAUAUAAUUUAGUGAGAAAGCAUACAUAAUGACUGCUGAGGGGAUAUGUUUUCUUUUUGUAUUAUUUUCGAAGAAAGGAGGAGAAAAAAAAGCCUCAGGUCAGUCGUAGCAUGUGAUUAUGCUUGAUUCCUCACAGCUCACGGCAGCUAAUGUUGAAAGCUGUCAAGUGGGGAUCUGAAGCUGAUUUAAAACUGUCAUAUCAUUAGCUCCACAAAGGGAAGUAGUUCUCUUAGAUUAUGAUUUUUUUUCCAUGUGUAACCUAUAUCAGGCUGAAUAAAAUGUGUUUAUGUACAA